AAAGGACGGCGUAGCGCAUGCGCUGCAUUUAUGUUGUUGUUUGUGGCGGUAAGAUGGCGGCGCUCGGAGACACCUCAGCUCCGGGGGUGAAUGGGUUAAUACAACAAUUCACAGCAAUAACAGGAGCCACAGAGAGUGUAGGAAAACAUAUGUUGGAAGCAUGCAACAACAACCUGGAGAUGGCAGUGACUAUGUUUCUGGAUGGAGGAGGUAUCGCAGAGGAGCCCAGCACCAGCUCCAGUUCAGCAGCUUCAAGCAGCAGAGCUCCCCCUUCAGAUGAAGUACGAGCACCCAUUCCCCAGAAGCAGGACAUAUUGGUGGAACCUGAACCACUGUUUGGAGUGCCAAAGCGAAGAAGACCUGCUCGAUCUAUAUUUGAUGGUUUCCGAGACUUCCAAACAGAGACGAUUCGCCAGGAACAGGAGCUGCGUAACGGUGGCACGGUGGAUAAGAAACUGAGCACCCUGGCAGACCUUUUCCGUCCCCCCAUUGAGCUCAUGCACAAAGGCAGCUUUGAGACGGCAAAGGACUGUGGACAACUGGAGAACAAGUGGCUGAUGAUCAACAUUCAGAAUGUACAAGACUUUGCCUGCCAGUGUUUGAACAGGGAUGUUUGGAGCAAUGAUGCAGUGAAGACCAUCAUCAGAGAACACUUCAUAUUCUGGCAGGUAUAUCAUGAUAGUGAAGAGGGACAAAGAUACAUCCAGUUCUAUAAGCUGAACAAGUUUCCCUAUAUUUCCAUCCUCGAUCCCCGCACAGGUCAAAAGAUGGUGGAGUGGAAUCAGCUGGACGUGGCAUCAUUCCUGGAGCAGACGACUGGCUUCCUGGCAGAACACGGGCAGCUUGAUGGGCCAUCCUGUCACGCACCCCCUGCCAAACGAGCUCGUUCUGAGAGUCUGAUUGAUGCCAGUGAAGACAGUCAGCUGGAGGCAGCGAUCCGAGCCUCCCUACAGGAGACCCACUAUGAGUCCUCAAAUGCCCCCGAAGCUCCCGAUUCCCCCCGAUCAGAUGAUGAAUCAGACGCAGAGCCUUUCUCUGACAGCGAAGGUCCCAUUUCUGUUGAUGGCUCGGACAGCGAAAUGCCAGCACCCCACGAAGAGAAAAGCUCUACCAGCAAACACACCACGCUCCCGCCGGCCACUGCAGCCCAGCAGCGUCUACAUCCUGAUAGUUCCACUGCUUCCCAUAGAAAAUCUCCGUACAAAGAAAACAACCACAGUCACAAGAAGGAGGACAGUAAAAAGAACCACCUGGAGCCCUCAGCUGUUCGUCAUCCUCAGCCUGACGCCGACUCUGGAGGUAACCACUGUCCCCCAGCGGCCGAAAGUGCCGGACCUUCCAAGACGAGCACCACCAAAACCUGUGACUUAGACUGUCCUGAUGACAAUGGUCCUAAAGCCAGGUUGAUGCUCCGUUACCCAGAUGGACAGAGAGAGCAAAUUUCCUUGUCUUCUCAAGCAAAACUUUUGGCCCUGGUAAGACACGUCCAGUCCAAAGGUUACCCGAAUGAACGCUUCGAACUUGUCACCAACUUUCCCAGGAGGAAGCUGGCCCACUUGGACUAUGACAUCACACUGCAGGAGGCGGGGCUUUGUCCACAGGAGACUGUAUUUGUGCAGGAGAGGAACUAGCCUUGUCAGACACACUCACUUUUGCUUGUGUAUCUCUCUGGUAGACCUCACCCUUUCACCAAUGAUGUGGGACGAUGUCACUGGCCUUGACCCCAUAACCUUCUGUCCUCCUGGAAUUAGGCCCCGUUUUUGCCAAGACAACUCUUAGUGGAUGGACAUCUCUCCCUGCCACUCCAGUAGUCUCAAUACUGACGUCUCUACUGACAGCCUAAUCCCUUUGUAGUCUUCUACAAUUGGCCAGUAAGGUGUUACAGGUGCCGGCACUCUUUAAUUUUAUAAUGCAUUUAUUCUUCUCUGAUGCAGACUUCAUUUUGUUCUAAAUACUGAGGCACAUCAGGAUAGAG